AUGGAUGACGCCUGGCAAUCACAAGAUAUUGCACCUUCUGGGAUUAGCAUUCCCACGCACGAGUCCAACAUGAAUGGUGGACCUGCUGGAAGGGAGGAGCAGAACUGGAACGGUAAUGCUCGCUCGCCUGGCAGAGAUCGUGGGGGUGAACCUCCCAGGCGCUCUAGCCGCAGCAGGAGCCCCGUACGGGAUGACAGAGGAGGACGGGGGGGUGACAGUGGUGGUCACAACCCUGGAAACAACCUUCAUGUCUCAAACCUGAGUCACCGUGUUGAUACGCGUGACCUUGAAGCAGUGUUCGCUAAAAUAGGCCGUGUGAAAAAGGCUUCUGUCAUGUAUGACCCGCAUACCCGCGAGUCCCGCGGGUUCGGAUUUGUCACCAUGGAGACUUCAGAGGAGGCCGACGCUGCCAUCACCGCGCUCAAUGCGACUGAAAUUAUGGGGAAGAUUUGUACUGUAGAAAGAGCCCGCCGUGGACGUGCACGUACUCCGACUCCUGGAAGGUACUACGGUCCUCCCAAACGCCAUGACAAUGAGCGCCCGUACGACCCGCGUCCUUACGACAGCCGUUAUUCCCGUGACUAUGACGAUCGUCGUCGUGGAGGUCGUCCUGAUGAUUAUCGGGGAGGAGGAGGUGGUGGUGGUGGUGGCAGGGACUAUGACCGCGGUGGGUACCGUGACUAUGACCGAGGAUACAGUGGUGGUGGCCGCGGCGGUCGCGACUACGAUCCUCGUGGCCACGACUACGAUAGGAGAUACUAAGUGUGCUCGCCCUCGAGACGGAUCAUAUCGCGUUAUGUUUUGUUUUCGUUAGUAUGUAUUCCAUAAGUAACCCUGGUGAAUGAAGCCUGUUGCAUGAUGGAUAACGAAUGCAAUGUUUAG